GAGUGAGAGAGAAGGUAACAGGUUUGCGUCGAGUGCUCACGACUUACGUGUGUAGUUCUGUUAAAACAUCGUCAAAUAAUAUUUAAUAACAAUAGCCUGUUAUGAACUGAUUCGUUUCCUUCAACAUAAUGUGGUACACAUAGUGGUUACAGUGCAAGUGUCAGUAACAGUGCGGUGCGCGGAGGUGAGUGAACUUCAAGUCGCCACAGCGAAGGCUUUUGCCCUUUGAAUCAGGAUUCUGGACUGGACUAUCAGACAUCGGGCACAACAUCAUCCAGGAUGCCUUCCUCAUUGCCGUGGAGGAGCAGGCGCGGCAGCGCUUGCAGCGGCUGUCAGCGCUCAAGCGGAUCACGCCAGUCGAUAUGUCCAAACUGUCUGUAGAGUUAAACCGUAGAAAACGAACACAGCCAGAGAACAGGCAAGAGCUCAACGGGUACAUCGCAAACUCGACAGUCUACGUCACAUCCAUCAACGAGAACGGCGCCAUCGAGACCAAGCCCACCAUCUCCUCACCUAAAGCCCAGCCCAAGUCCUUCCAGGCCAAACCCGCUCCCGUCAUCGCCAACGGCAUCGACAAAAAGAAAGACGUUAUAAAAGAAGAAGAUAAAGUCGAACCGGAGAAACACGAAGGUGACAAAAGUGAGAAGGUUGUAGUGCAGUGUGAUAGUGAUAUUGUGGUUGAUAGAGAUAUUAGUGACGCGUACAGUGUGGCUCGAGAGCACCUCAAUAACGGUAGGAGUGAGAAGCUGAUUGGAGAACAGCCUGACCACAGGAUCAGGGCUACGGCUAUUGUUGAGAACAAUAAGCUCGGACCUGGAGAGAAUCGGCCUCGCCGGCGCUCUGGCUCCAGCAUAGUGGUCCUGGGUGCGGAGGACGAGAAGCGCCCGCCCCCGGAUGACGACAAAGACAUGCUCACCAUGCUCUCAAUCACCUCUGAUACCGGACCCCACCGCGAGAUGGCGGUGGACGUGCCGGACAGUUUCAUCGCUCGGAACAAAACGCCCCCCCGCUACCCGCCCCCGCGGCCCCCGCAGGUACGCCUCCGGCCCUCCAGGGACGAGGAGCCGCUGCUGUCGUCCGGCGGCUCCGGCACCAGCUUCGGCAGCAAGCAGAGCACCGUGCUGCACACCAUCGACAUCUCCGCGCCCAGCUCCGACGGCUCCGGCAGCUUCAAGAACAACAGCACCAUAGAGCUGCUCUCCCUGCCGCAGAGCUCUGACGGCUCCGGCAGCUUCGGCAGCAAGAAGAGCAAAGGCUCCUCAGAAACAGCCAAAUGCGGAGACCUCAACUCCGAAAGAUCAGAUUCGGUAGCCUCGAACACCACACACAAUCUGAGCGAUCACAAAAUCCAGCUCCUCAUAUCUAACGGGGAGGACUCCUUAAUAGAUUGCAGAGAGGGAGUGACAUACUCCGCACGGACGGACUCGGUGCUGAUCAGGGAGGCGGUGUAUGCGUCGUACAAGCUGCCGCCCGGCUUUGACACGACGCCGGUGCUCCUCGGCAGAGAGGUGGCCGUGGAUGUCCCCGACACGUUUGUCCAAAUCGUGAAAACCACCCCCAAGUACCCGGGUACGGCUACCGUGGACAGAAAGAGCGUGGCGUUCCAGCAGGUGAACGGUACAGCGAAGACAGUGGCGCCGGCGGUGCCUCCGCGCGACACGGCGAGGGACGCGCCGCCGCGCCCGCCAGCACACGACAAUGUCAGCAAGGAACAAAUGGACUCCAUCAAGAAAUACCAGGAACAAUUACGUCAAAGGAAAGAGGCUGAAGAGAGGAUCGCGGCACAGAACGAGUUCCUUCGCACCUCGCUCCGAGGCUCCCACAAGCUCCAGGCUCUAGAGUCCAACCCUCCGUCCUCAGGCACCGCCUUCGUCAACGAUGCCUACGAGGAUGACAUCAGCGAAGACUCUACGCAGUUAUAUGCUGUUGUCGACUACCAAGAAGUAUGCGCAGCACUCACCCGGGUCCAGAAGGCUCUCGGCGCGAGCGGGGAGUCAGCCCUGGCGGCGCGGGUGGCGGGCGCGGCCGGAGCGCUUCUAUGCCCAGCUCUCCGGACCGCCCUGGCCACCCGGUCAGCGGUCCUGACCGCCGUCAGGCACAAGCGGCCCGGCUUGGCGCCGCCGCACACGCAUCGAGCCACCGAUCGGUUGAAAGACUGCAUGGACGUACUAGGAGCGCAUACGUCGUCAGGCGGCGAGACGUCGGCGCUGGCGGCAGAGCUGCUCUCGAUCCUCGGCGGGCUGGAGCUGGAGAGCGUGAUCCAGGCGCACGACCAGGCCGCCGCGCUGCUCGACCCCGCCUGCUUCAACAGGGGGAAGAGGCACAAGACUGGCAACAACUACAAUCACAAGGGCGAGAACGAUAAAGCACUGACGGCGCACUCGCCCGACGACCCUAGCGAACACAUUAAAAUUAUUAAAAUCGAGAAGACUAACGAACCACUUGGUGCUACAGUAAGAAAUGAAGGCGAAGCAGUUAUAAUCGGCAGGAUAGUGAGGGGUGGAGCGGCAGAAAAGUCGGGACUAUUGCAUGAAGGAGAUGAGUUGCUGGAGGUGAACGGCGUGGCGAUGCGCGGCAAGUCGGUGCACGAGGUGUGCCAGGUGCUGGGCGCGCUGUCGGGCACGCUGUGCGUGGUGCUGGCGCCGCGCCGCGCCGUGCCCGCCGCGCCGCCGCCGCACCGCGUGCUGCACGUGCGCGCGCACUUCGACUACGACCCCGAGGACGACGUCUACAUACCGUGUCGGGAGCUCGGUAUAAGCUUUCAAAAAGGCGACGUGCUGCACGUGAUCAGUCGCGAGGACCCGAACUGGUGGCAAGCCUUCCGCGAGGGAGAGGAGGACCAGACUCUAGCAGGGCUUAUACCCAGUCAGGCCUUCCAGCAUCAACGGGAAUCCAUGAAGCUGACGCUAGCGGGCGAGGUGGCGGCGCGAGACAAGCCGCGUAAGGGCGGUACGCUGCUCUGCGCCAAGAAGCCGCCGCGCAAGAAGAAGGGCAAGAAGGCCACCAGCGAGGCAGGAUACCCACUCUACUCUACCUCCGGAGCUGAUGAAUACGAACAAGAAGAGAUCCUCACUUACGAAGAGGUAGCAUUAUACUACCCCAGAGCUUCCCACAAGCGGCCCAUCGUGCUGAUCGGGCCGCCGAACAUCGGCCGCCACGAGCUGCGACAGCGGCUCAUGGAGGACAGCUCGCGGUUCGCCGCCGCUGUGCCACACACGUCUCGGCCGCGCAAGGACCACGAGGUGCCCGGCCAGGACUACCACUUCAUAUCGCGCACGCAGUUCGAGGCAGACAUCCUCAACAGGAAGUUUGUAGAACACGGAGAGUACGAGAAGGCUUAUUAUGGUACAUCGCUCGAAGCGAUCCGGGAAGUAGUGAACUCGGGUAAGAUCUGCGUGCUGAACCUGCACCCGCAGUCGCUGAAGAUUCUGAGAAAUUCCGACCUCAAGCCGUACACAGUGUUCGUGGCACCACCCAGCCUCGAGAAACUCCGCCAGAAGAAGAUCAGGAACGGAGAGGCUUUCAAGGAGGAGGAAUUAAAAGAGAUAAUAGCGACAGCGCGGGAUAUGGAGCUGCGAUGGGGACACCUGUUCGACAUGAUCAUCAUCAACAACGACACGCAGCGCGCCUACCAGCAGCUGCUCAACGAGAUCAACAGUCUGGAGCGCGAGCCGCAGUGGGUGCCCGCGCACUGGCUCAAGCACACCUAGCGCGAGCCUGCCCGCGGGGCCCGCGCGCCCCGCCCGCCGGGCCCCGCGCCCCGCCCCCGG